AUGCGGCGGCUCAUCUCACGAAGCGUCUCUGCCAGCGCCACCCGGUCCCCGGUGACCUCAGCCGUACCCCGAUCUGCCAUCGCCACCUCCAAGAUGGUUUCCAACGGCUCGUCUUCCUCGGCCGUGGCCGCGAGAAGAAUACAUGCGACUGCCCAUCAGCUCAAGCCCACGGCUGCUCUGGCCUCUACGGCCACCAGCUAUCCCAACACCCACGAGAAGAUCCAGGCCGUCGCGGACACGCCGUACUUUAUCGACAACAAGUUUGUCAACUCGACAACCGACAAGUUCAUUGACCUGCCUGACCCGGCCACGAACAACCUCGUUACUCGCGUCCCCCAGAUGACCGAGGAGGAGAUGAAGGCUGCUGUGGCUAGCGCCGAGAAGGCCUUCAAGUCCUGGAAGAACACGACCGUCCUGGCUCGCCAGCAAAUCAUGUUCCGAUUUGUACAGCUAAUUCGCGAGAACUGGGACAGACUGGCUGCCAGCAUCACCUUGGAGCAGGGCAAGACCUUUGCCGAUGCCAAGGGUGAUGUUUUGCGUGGUCUGCAAGUCGCUGAGGCGGCCAUCGCCGCGCCAGAGCUGCUCAAGGGUGAGGUCCUGGAGGUGUCCAAGGAUAUGGAAACUCGCACUUAUCGGGAGCCAUUGGGCGUUGUGGCUGCCAUUUGCCCCUUUAACUUUCCUGCCAUGAUUCCUCUUUGGUGCAUCCCCAUCGCUACCAUUACUGGAAACACAAUCAUCGUCAAGCCAUCUGAGCGUGACCCCGGCGCUGCCAUGAUCCUCGCUGAGCUGGUCCAGAAGGCUGGCUUCCCCGAAGGUGUGGUCAACGUCAUCCACGGCGCCCACAAGACUGUCGACUUCAUCCUCGACGAGCCCGCCAUCAAGGCCAUUAGCUUUGUUGGAGGCAACAAGGCCGGAGAGUACAUCUUCAGCCGCGGUUCCGCCAAUGGCAAGCGUGUCCAGGCCAACCUGGGCGCCAAGAACCACGCUGCCGUCCUGCCUGACUGCAACAAGAACCACUUUAUCAACAGCGUCGUCGGAGCCGCCUUUGGUGCCGCUGGCCAGCGCUGCAUGGCCCUCAGCAGCCUAGUCAUGGUCGGCGAGACCAAGGAGUGGCUCACUGACAUUGCCGAGAGCGCCAAAAAGCUCAAAGUUGAUGGAGGCUUUGAGGCCGGUGCUGACCUUGGCCCCGUCAUUUCUCCCCACAGCAGAGAGCGCAUCCUGAGCCUCAUUGACAGCGCCGAGAAGGAGGGCGCCACGAUCCUCCUUGACGGACGCAACUACAAGAACCCCAAGUAUCCCAAUGGCAACUUUAUCGGUCCCACACUCAUCACCAACGUCACCACUGACAUGAAGUGUUACAAGGAGGAGAUCUUUGGCCCGGUGCUGGUUUGCCUCAACGUCGACACCAUUGACGACGCUAUCGACUUGAUCAACAAGAACGAGUACGGCAACGGCGUGGCCAUCUUCACCCGCUCUGGCCCCACGGCCGAGACGUUCCGCCGAAACAUUGAAUCGGGCCAGGUUGGUAUCAAUGUGCCCAUCCCUGUGCCGCUGCCCAUGUUCUCCUUCACUGGUAACAAGAAGAGCAUUGCGGGUGGCGGUGCCAGCACUUUCUAUGGAAAGCCGGGUAUCAACUUUUACACGCAGUUGAAGACUGUCACGGCGCUGUGGCAGAGCCAAGAUGCUGUUGCUAAGAAGGCUUCUGUUCACAUGCCUACUUUGCAAUGA